UAUCAACCAAUUAGUGCUGUCUGGUUAUUCCUAUGGUGCCAUGAUUGCAAACUCUAUCGAGUGUACAAAAGUACCAUGUGCCUACCUGUUGGUUAGUUUGCCCUUGGGUGUCAUGUGGGCCCUAGCAACCACCAAAAUGAACGAAUUCAAGAAGCAACCAAUAUCUCAUGCAACCCUUUGUAUCCAUGGGGAUCAUGAUCAAUUCACAAGGGCAAGUACAUUUUUAAAUUGGUGUCAAGGGCAUUCCAAUAUUACUCACAUUUGUAUCGAAGGUGCCGAUCAUUUCUGGUACGAUCAUGAGCCUGAACUGAUUGACCAAAUAAAUCACUGGAGUCUCAAUAUUUUAUAAAUUAUUUUUCUCACACUAUUUCCUCUCUCUCUCUCUCUCUCUCCCCUUUAAUUUUUUUUUUUUAUACAUAUAAGACAUGCCACCUAUUACACUCAUUACAAGAACAGAGACUUUCUCUGCUGCUCACAGACUGAAUUCACCUCACCUGUCUGUAGAAGAAAAUAGAAUCUUGUACGGUAAAUGUAACCAUCCCCAUUUCCAUGGUCAUAAUUACAAAGUCGAAAUCACCUUGAGAGGAGAAGUGAAUCCAUUGACGGGCAUGGUAAUGAACCUUGUCGAUCUAAAAGAAUGCAUUAAACUGGCAGUCAUGGAUCCCCUUGAUCACCGAAACCUGGAUUUAGACGUUGAAUUUUUUAAAAGCAAACCAAGUACGACCGAGAACCUGGCAGUGUUUAUCUGGUGGAAUUUCCAAUACCACUUUUUGAGCAACGAGAAAUGGCGAUCGAAUGCAGCCAAGUUGUACAGGGUCAAGAUACAUGAGACUGAGCAUAACAUUGUAGAAUACAUGGGUGAGGGAGAAUUGGAUGAAGCAGAGGGACAGGUGGAUAUGGCAUUGAUUAAUUUGAUGGGUGUGGAUCUCAAGAAGAAUUUAUGGUCCCUCAGUUAGAAUUUAAUCAAUGCUAAAUGAUCCAUAAAUGUAUAUUUUCUGUAAAUUUAAUAAACGGUGGGACACAAACAUUUUGAGUCAAAAAGUCACAUUUUUCCCCAAUCACAUAGUAAAGAAAAAAAAAUUCGGCAAGAAAGAAAAAAUACCGAUGUUGAUUCCCUCUAGAUUAAAAAAUGACCCUUUUUUAAUAAAACCAAGGGUGUUUAUAGAAUAAUUGCAUCAUUGUGCUACAUGGAAAAGGUUCAUGCUACUGAAAUAACUUUAAAAAGCUCGUCAAUAAAAUCUUCAGGGGCAAUUGUUUUUAUUUUAACAAAGUGACAC